AUCAGGUUGCCAGACACUUGUCUCGUCCAAUACCCAACUUUGCGCAUCGUUCCGCCGUUUCGUUCCGCCCAUCGAUAACGUCAUCAGUCAUGGCUUCGACACAGCAAAAGAGCCUGAUCCACACGGCAGGUUGUUUGGUUAUCGGUGACGAAGUCCUUGGAGGCAAGACAGUCGAUACGAACUCGGCGUACUUUGCCAAAUUCUGCUUCUCAUUGGGCAUCAACUUGCGCCGCAUCGAAGUCAUUGCAGAUGAUGAAGGCGAGAUUGUAGAAGCCGUGCAACGCAUGUCCAAGAACUACGACAUGGUGGUGACGAGUGGCGGAAUUGGUCCUACUCACGACGACAUCACUUACCAGUCAAUAGCCAAGGCCUUUGGCCUCCCGUUGAAGUUACACGAUGCGGCGUUUGAACGUAUGAAGCGCCUCUCGAAGCCGCACAAGUCUCAGCCAAACUUUGACUGGAACGUCGAGUCUGCAGCGCUUACAGCAAAGAAGCGCAUGGUUGAACUGCCUAUUGAUGAAUCCAAGCCAGAUGAAGAUCAGGUUAUUUUCGUCAGCGAGUCGCUUUGGGUUCCCGUUAGCGUCGUGAACGGUAACGUGCACAUUCUGCCCGGAGUGCCUCGCCUCUUUGAAGCGAUGCUAGACGGACUAAAGCCCCGCAUCCUACCUAGAUUGACGGAUCCAGAGGGUAAAGGCGUGUUGCGGAUCCUCAUCUCGACUCCGAUGGCCGAGAGCGCCGUUGCUGGAUAUCUGACCGAGCUCGCUGCCAAGGCGGAGCCAAAAGGGGUCAAGGUGGGAAGCUACCCACGAUGGGGAAAGGACCACAACACUGUGACGCUAGUUGGACGCGAUCGCGACUUCAUGGAGAGCUUAGUUCCUGAAGUAGAGAAGGCUGUUCAGGGGAGGCGCGUAGCUGUAGAAGGCGAGGACGACGGAGAGACGUCUGACAAGGACUCAUAGGGGGUGGUAGAGGGUAGACUGACAUUGCAGACGUGCCGCAGUCGGUCAAUGUAAAUAUACAUAUAUACAUAUAUCGAGUGUCGAGAUGCAGGGACCGUGUGUCAGAAUGGAAUGCCUGUGAAGAUGAUGUUG